AUGAAUAUCUGGUCUUUUUCAGAACGAGUUUGUAGUGGAUUUUUCAAAAAGGAAGAUUGCGGCAUUAAUGUGGUGAUCGUAAUUGUCAUUGCUCUUGCGGGAUUGGUCGUCAUUUGUAUCAUUGUCGGUAUCAUUGCAUGCUGGGUACAAAAGAGGAGGAAAUGUCGGAAAGACACCAGAGUUCAUUCAACAUCUGAAGAGCAACCAUUUUCCAGAGAGAAUAGCACUCCAGGAGACGACAAGUGGAAUUCCCAAGUCAACAACGGGUAUGCAGAAGCUGGACCUCGGCCCUCAGAAAUGACUGAUACGACAAAACACCAGGGAGCAUCUGGUCCUGCAGCUAUACCUGACUAUGCUGUUGUUGAUAAGUCUGCGAAGAAAGGAAAGAAGAAAGAUAAGAAAGAUGAAGAGCAAAAGCCACAAGCUGAACCACCUCAGUAUGCAGCCGUGGAUAAAUCUAAGAAGAAGAAGAAGAAAAAAGAAGAAGUACCAGAGGCCACUUAUGCACAAGUUGACAUGUCAAAAAAAUCGAAAAAGAAACCCAAGCCUGGUGAGGUUCUCUGUGCUGGCUUGGGUGACUUCCAUCAAAUGAAAGAACUGCCUGGAGUGUCCACCUCACCUCAAGCUCUACCCCCGAUCAAUAAGCCCGAACCUUAUGCUGGAACUCAAUAUGCUGGCAUCACUCAAUUUCUGAAGGAGGAUGUUACAUUGCCUGACAGUAACAACAGUCAGGGACCAGCUACUGGAACCCAGGCUGCUCCAGCGCCUGAAAAUAGUAACAGUCAAGAACCAGGUACCAGCACUAAGGAGACAUCCCAGGCUAGUAACCCAGGAGGGGAUGGUGGACCAGGCCAUGAAACUAAUUUCUAAAAGCUUAGAGGAACAUAUUGCUUCCCCAAGUGAGUGUGGUCCAGUUUCCUUCUCGAGAGCCGUUUCUCAUGCAAAAUAGUCAAUAAUUAAGGCACAGUCUUGGCUUCUUUUGUUUCUUUUCUUAGUUGUUGACUACAAAAUUAUAGACGGUCUUUUUGAAGGACUAUAGAUGAGGCGUUUUGCUUGAUAUAUUUUUUCUAACUACAAAGGUUUUUCUUUUUUAAAUACGUAAUUUGGUAAGACUUGUAGAAACGUUUUGUAUCAUAUUUACUCAAGUUUUGUGUCGCGGAACGUGUAAUUAAUUAAAUGCUUUUAUAUUUUUGUAGUUAUAAAGAGCAUGACGUGUAUAUUUGUGCGUCCUAGUCUAGGUAUUACUUUGUACUGACUUGUAUGUGAGCAAACCGCGAAUCAGCCUCUCGACUUAGAAUAUCACGAUAACUUUAGAAAUUAGGCAGCGUGUAGAUAUAAUUUCUUUUUAAGUGAAUUAAUAUUCUUGAUAGCAGGUUCAUUCCAAAGGUGUAGUGCAAUAAAGAACAAAGAUAGCUUGAAUUUCUUCAACGUAAAUCAAGAUUACGAUUGAAAAUUUCUUGUCAAAGAAUAAAAUAGAUUGAACAUAAUACUUCCUUGGCUGCAUGGCUUUUCACGUCUGCUGGCUAAAUUGUCAAAGAAUAAUGCAGACUAGGUAGUCUAGAACCCGGGGAUUAGCUCUUCGUAAAGUCGACCGAAUCUUUGCACUUUCAAUGAAUGUAUGUACCUUAUUUACUCUGAUUUUGAACGUGGUACAUGAAACUUAUUACUUCCUUGUUGUCUCCCAUGUAAGCCUAACAGGUUGGUUGGGUUUCACGAUUAUGCCAGCUACCAAACGGAAUUUGCUAUAAGCUUUUUGAAAAACAUUUCAAAACUCUUUUGUUCUUCUCAUGGCUCAGUGAGGUCAAGAAGCAAAAGCCUUUCCCAACCUACACAUCCCCCAGGUUAAAAAACUGGAACCUCUUCUGCACACUGAGUGAAGACCAACUGUCUUAUCUAUUCCACACCUGACGAGGGGCUAAAAUGCUUAUUGUAUCAGUUACUUUGUGCUGAAACAAGAUCGAUGUCAACUAUUUGGUCCAUUGACACAUGUUUACAGAAAGACUGCUUUCUAACAACUAUCCUGUACGAUAUGUCAAGGAGGAGUUCUAACAUGCGAUUAUUUAUCAGUUCAGGGGCGUAACCAGGAUUUUUCAAAACGGGGGGGUCACACUCUGUCAAAGUGAGGGUAUUUACCAGAUUGUCAUUUCGUUUACGCCACCUGUUGUAGCUUGUUUGGUUUAAAAAAAGGCUUAUAAAAAGGGGGGUCAUGGGCACCCCAGGACCCCCCUAGCCACGCCCCUACAGCUGUUGUUUUGCUGUAUAUAUACUAAAUUUGAUGUGUUAAAUUAGAACGAGGGUCAUUAACCUAAUUUGGGAAUUUUGAAUAAAUAUUUGUAGAAUUUGGUGUUGAAAACAUAAAAUUCCCACAUCUACACAAGUUGUUUAUGCGUUUAGUUGCGUUUUAGCCUAUCUGAAAUUGAUCCACAAAAUCAAAAAUCUUGUGUUUUAGUGUACAUGGACUGUCGGUCUCUUUUUCAACCCUUUUUUGAAAAUAACAUGAAAUCAUUUCAUUUCGUCUGCAAAAUCGUCUCACAAAACUAAAUUUCUUUUCUUGGCGUGUUUAUCUGGUUUUUUUUAGUCCACUUAUACAAUGAAGUGUCCUAGAAGUAUUAUGUUUUGUCAGUCACUGUUAAUAUUUUGUUCUUCCGGUAUUGUAGACUAUUACGGUUGCUAGUUGCAGUUUGUCUUAAAACUUGUUCACACUAAAUUUGCACUAGCCAUUUCAUAGCGUUCCUUGAGUUUUAGCUUUAACAUGUUUGGGUUUAAGCUCUACAUGUAAAUGGAUAAAAGGAUAAACGUAAUCCAAAUUUGUAGAAACACGGAUGUUUAAAAAAACAUCCGGUUUGUUGUAAUGAAAAUUUUGAAGGCGUCAAACGUCAAUAAAUGCAUAGAUAUUGUGUAAUAGAAAAGUUAGUUUCCUUGGUAAGAAAAGUGUUCAAGCAAUGUUAAUACAGAAUAAAUUGCUUCAGACUUUGUU